AUGAGUGAAGAACAUCGAGAGGCUCCUGUUAGUGAGGAGGGACCAGUUCCUGUCCUCAGGUGGGAUUUAGGUCUCUUCGAACAGAUUGUUCGAAGUUUUAGGUUUCCACCGGAGUGGGACGCCCGGUAUCCGGCUCAGGGCCAAACCGCGGCUGAUGCCCCACCCGGCUAUAUUACCCUUUAUGAAGAUUUCUUUCUUCAGGGUAACUUCCGGCUGCCGGCGACCAAUUUUCUGGGUAGCAUCCUCUCUUACUACCAGUUCCACAUAUCUCAGAUGAGUCCACCUGGGAUGGUGAGGGUGAGACACUUCGAGUUCUUAUGCCAGUCUCAUGGCAUCGAGCCAACUGUCGACAAAUUUCGAUCAUUCUAUCAACUCCAAAGGACGAUGGGGUUCUUUUUGUUUGCAAGCCGAGGUGCGGCGAAGAAGAUCUUGUUGAAUCCACCGAAGAGUUUCCAUGACUGGAAACCCAAGUUCUUCUUCAUCAGGGAAGAAGUCGUGCCGGUCGCUAUGACCUUUAGGGAAUGGACUGAGGCCAUACCCAAGGAAGAUCUGCCGAUCCCGAAGACGGCUUUGUGGUAUCAACAGCUGACCCCAACCCCUAACCGGGUGUUUGAAGAAAAUGUUUUAGUUGCAGCCAAGAUGAGUGACCAGUGGUCACCUAGCAGCAGGGAGGUUCCUGUGCUAAAGCUUGGCGAUCAAGAAGCGCAACUCUACCAAGCUGCCUUCACUACCUUUGGUGGCUCCAUGGGUGUUCGCGCAGUGCGCGAUGAUGAAGAGAGCUGGUAUGACCAGAUUAAAGGGAACUUCAUGUUUCCAGCUGCUGAUGCUUUCGCUUCGCCGCCGACCGCUACUGAAGCUAAGGGGAAAGCUGGUGCUGGUGGGUCAAAGAGUUCUGGGAGCGCGGGUUCUCGCAACCCUGAAGCUGGCGCGACUCCGUCUUUCCCAGAGGACGAAGAAGUGGAAGAGGAAGAUGCUGCUGCUCAACUUAUUGGGCGAAAGAGGGGUAGGAGCGAGGCUACAACUGGUGUGGCUUCCGCGCCUCAAUCUGUUGUGAUCCCUGCGAUAGGGAAGACGAGCAGGCUGCGCUCGUUGUAUCAAUUUUCUCCUGAGAUCAAGAAGAAGACCCCUGAAAAGGCGGUUACAUUCGUUGAGGCGGGGGCGAAAAGGCCCAAGAUAACCGUCAAGUCCACUGACGCUGCAGCUCAGGACGCCGCGAAGGCGGCUGAGGCGCAGCGAAAGGUGGAGGAGGCGCGUAAGAAAGAAGAGGAGAGGAGAAAGAAAGAAGAAGAGAAGAAGAUAGAGGAGGAGAGAAAGAAAAAGGAGGAGGAGAGGAAGAAGAAGGAGGAGGAGGAUAGGAAGAAGAAGGAGGAGGAGGAUAGGAAGCGGAGGGCGGAGCAGGAGAGGCUGGCUGAGGUGGCUAAGAAGCAGGCCUUGGAGAAGGAGAUGGCGGCGAAAAAGGCUAUGGAUCAGCCUCUUAAACCUCCAGGCCCUGAGGUCACCAAGCCACCUAACACCGGUCCUGUUACUACUUCCAAGGCUUCUAGCCGCUUUUCCUCAAGUGGCGCGAGCUCUGGUGGAGCUGGGGGUUAUAACCCCAAUGUGGUAGGGGCGAAAGAUACCGUUGGAGAUAUCUACUACAAGACAUAUACUGAAGAAGAGCGCGGUGAUGCCCUCCAUCAUGCCCCCUGGAGCUUAAAACAGAAGGAUACAUUUGCUGAGUUUAGCGCUUCUCGUGAAUGGUUUUUGAAUUCCUUCCCCCCUGGUGAGGUCAAUCGGCAAAGGGCAAAAACCCAUGAGAUGUUAUAUCGUACUUAUAUUCUUGGGGAGGCCAAUGCCCGCUCUGCCAACCAUCAGAUCGUUCGCGAAUGGCGGACGAUGGUCAGAGAACGUGCCGAUUGGGAGGGUUACCGCGAGCGUACUCUGAAGCGAAUUGCGGAGUUUGAGAAGUCGAAGGCUGCGCUCGACGAAGAAAGAGCCAAGUUUGAGGCUGAUAAGAAGGCAGAGGAGUGGGGCCGCGAGGGGCUGCAGAAAAAACUCCACAAUGCUGAGGAGCAACUGGCCAAGGAGAAGGCCGAGUUUAAGCGUAUAUGCGCCCAAGACAACGAGCGUACUUAUGCUCUACGACAGAAGAUCGUUGGUCUUGAGGCUACAGUUGCGGACUUGACCUCAAAGGUGGAGGAGGCGCAGGGUGAAAAAACUGCCAAGCAGCAGAUGGAGGUUGAGCUGACUGAAGCCAAGGUGCAAUUGUCUAACAAGGACAAGGAUCUCCAUGCCAAGGACGUUGAGAUAGCGGAACUCAAGCGUCGCUUGAAUGAGCAAAUCGACAGAUGCGAGUCUUUGGAGAUUGACCUUGAGGCUGAGAAGGUCAAAGCUGCUGAUGCUGAGGAGGCGCGUGCUGUGAGCACUGCCGCGCUGAAUGUGGCUCAAACCAACUACUCUGAGGCUCAAGGUAUCGUCGAUACACUUGUCUCAGAAGCGGAGUGGAUGCGCACUCGUGGAGUAGUGAUGGUUGCCAACUCCAUCUUGAAUGCGAACGAGCUAGAUCGCGCUGUGGCGGCUCUGACAGAUGCGGCGCGUGCGGUGGGUCACCGAGGAGGUUACUUGGAGUGUGCUGAUCAUGUUGAGCAAAUGCUCGGGCAAGAAUUUGACACAAGCCACUGCUCAGUAACAGAUCGUGCCGAUGCUGCGCUGGCAAAUGCUGAAAAUUCCUAUGACAACCUCUCCUUGCCUAUCAUGGAGUUGGUUGUCGAAUCGUUAAAGAAAGACGACUGGUGCCAGCGUCUUAAGGCAAUCCUCGAUCCACCGGUCACCGUCGAGUUGUCCGACGAAGAGCCAGCUGGUGAUGAUGGCGAUGAUGGCAAUGAUGAUGAUGGUGAAGACGACGGAGAUGAUGGUGAUGAUGGUCGCGAAGAAUAGGAUAGUUUGUUGAGUAGAUAGUGGAUAGGCAUUGGUGCCUUUGUAAUU